AUGACACCACUUAAAGGAAAGACGGCAAUCGUCACAGGAGCAUCCCGUGGACUCGGCGCAGGCAUGGCUCUAGACCUCGCACGCAAAGGCGCAUCCGUAAUGCUCCUCUACACGUCCGACUCAAGCGCCCCCAAAGUCCAGUCCCUCAUCACACAAAUCACCUCCCUCCCACACACCCCCUCCGCAGUAUCCUGCAAAGCAGACCUCUCCUCAGAAACCGCCCCCGCCGCAGUCCUCGCUGCCCUCGACGCCUGGCUCGGCCCAGACGCCCACAUCGACAUCCUAAUCAACAACGCCGGCACAGAACUCAACGCGCCGCUAGGGAACAUCACCACCGCCGACUUUGCAAAAGUCUACGACCUCAACGUCCGCGCGCCGCUCCUCCUAACCCAGGCCCUUCUCCCGCGCCUGGCCCCAAAGGAGGCACGCAUUAUCAAUAUCGGCUCCGUUGGCGGACGGCAAGGGUUCCCUGGGUUGGGGCUGUAUUGCUCCUCCAAGGCUGCGCUUGAGGGUCUGACGCGGGUUUGGGCGCGGGAAUUGGGGAGGAAUGGGACGAUUGUGAAUUGUGUUGCGCCCGGGCCGGUGGAGAGCGAUAUGUUGGAUAAGAUUCCGAAGGAGCUGGUGGAGAUGCAGAGGCGGCAGACGCCGGUGGAGAAUCGGACGGGAACGGUGGAGGAGGUUGCGAGGAUUGUGUCGUGGCUUGCUGGUCCUGAGAGUUCGUGGGUUAGUGGGCAGGUCAUUAGUGCCAGUGGUGGUUGGGCGAUGUACUGA